CGUCAUAUUUCCAGUGUAAACAAAGAUGGCGUACAGCGGUUGACAGAAAAUGAAAAUACACACAACUUAUCAAAUAGCAUUUAAAUAAUAGUUCCUAAAUUAUAUAUAAACAUCUAGAGUGGACAAUUUAUUUAACUGAUUUACAUGUUCAUUAAAUAUGGCUUCAGACGAAGUUGCGUUCCUUAAAAAUCAAGUUCAGCGACUGAAUCAUGAGUUGUCCAGAUAUAGAGAACAAAAUAUACACUUUCAGGAUGAUUCAGAGGGGGCGCUGCCAAGUUUGGGUCCAGCAGCUCCAUGGCUUACUGACAGAGGCUUGUUAUCUCCACUAAUGGCUGAAUAUGAUGCACAGAUCAAAGAGCUUAGCAACCUAGUUGAUGAUUAUGAGGCAGAACUGAAAGGUAUCAGGCCAGAGUUAGGACGGCUCAUACAGGAAAAUGAAAGAUUGCAGGCACAACUUAAGGAAGCUCUGGGCUCCCAGAUACCUGUCAACGGCCACGUGGGUAUGGAGCCUUUAGAGGGAGAUGACCAGAUGCUACAGAACCUUCACAUGCAGGUGGACACAGUGCUACAGGAGAAGGAGGCAGCCGUUGAGAGGUGGCAUGAAGCAGAGCAGGAAAUAGACCGCCUACAGCAGCAAAUACAGGAGGAGAAGUCCAGCCAUCAGUGGGGAGUCAUAGAGCAGCAGGCACAGCAGAUGCAGUCAGAAUACUUUGAAACAGUGAACCUUCUCAACAAAGAGUUGGAACAGUCUCAGUCUGAAUUAAGGCAGCUUCGUCAGGAGUUAGAGACGUCCACACUACAGGUGAAGGAUUUGAGGAGGACAAACAAAGAGCUUGAGACACAGCUCAGCUGGAAGGACCAGGAGGUAGCUGAGGUGAUAUUUAAGGAGGGAAUAACAGACAGCAAGAUGGUAGAGCUCAAGAGAAUCAUGGACGACAGAAAAAGAAAAGUAUCCUCCCUUGAGUCAGAGCUUGAAGAGUGCAGGAGGGAAAAACAGGCGCUCGAGGUCAGAGUUACUGAACUCCAGAAACGAAGCAAGGAUGUUGGUAACAGAGAACUGGAUUCUGUCAACCAGAUGAGAGAGGCAGUACAGCUUGUGGAGACUGCAGCACUUGAAAAGGAAGAGGCUGAGGUUGCUCUACAACAGAAAGAGGAGGAGCUAGAACAGCUGAGGGAGGUCAUCAACAAACUGAUCAAUGAGGCAGGGGCCCGCACCAGACAGGAGGUGGAUGCAGUGAGGACCCAGUGCAACGAGAGAAUCAAAAAGCUUACUGAGGAGGUUCAUGCCCUGGAAAUGGACAAUUCUGAGAAGCAGGAUGCACUUGAAAAAGCCAAAAGAGACAAAAGAGCAGCUGAGAGUGAAUUGGAAAGGGUGUACAAAGAGGGUGUACAGCACAUGAACAAGGAGAUGGGUAGUUUGGAGAACAUGAACAAGCGCGCAAUCAAUGCAGAGCGGGCACGUGACGAUGCCAACAUGCUAGUGGAGACACUACAGCAGAAACUCAAGUGGGAGGAAAUGAAUGCCAACCAACUGAAAGACCAGCUGGAAAGCCAGCUUAACAACUAUCGAGACCGGAUGUCAGGCCUCCAGCAGGAGUUUGAGUCUUGCAAUGAUGACCGGGUCCGCCUGCAGGACGAGGUGGACGACAUAAAGAAGAAGCUGCAGACAGCCACACAGGAGAAGGAGGCCGCACAGAGGAAGUACCAGAAGGAGAUCACCAUAUUUGAGCAAGAGAACCAGAUGAAGCUACGGGACUAUGAAGUGAAGCUGCAGUCUACGGAGGACAUUAACAGACAUUCAAUGACGGAGCUCAGAAAACUGCUGAACGGUCAACAACGCAUGUGUGCACGAUGGAAAGAGGAGUGCACGUCAAUAGCUCAGAAAUAUGAGGGUAAGCUCUCGGAACUGCGAGGGGAGACUGCUCAGCUGAAGAAGAGGAAUCAGGAGGUCACAAAACUCCUCAAAGACAGCCAAGAGAAGACCCUGCAGGCAGAGAAGAUGAUUCAAGAUUACACGCGAGGUAUACAGCGUAUGGAACAGAGGAUGAGAGAGUCAGAGACUCGGGCUGCAGAUGCCUCUAAGCAGUUGUCUCGGCACCUGAUCCGUGAGAAGCAAAUUGAGAGUGAACGGAAAAGUCUCUCUGAAGAGCUGAAACACAGUCAGAUACGAGACUUGAGACGCAGUCAGAUGGAGGCAUCCACUAAGUCAAGCAGAAGUCACCCUGAUGACCUUCACAUUGGUGACCUUGCAGCCAGUCAGGGGUCACUGAAAGGGUCAGUAAGACGCAAGGGAGAGCUGGACGAUUUCCUGGAAGACAGAUGAUUGAUGGGGACUCAAUCCUGCUGUAUGUCCGGGCAGCCCAUUUUAUAGGAGGAUGAUCUUCAAUGGCAUAUUUUGAGCCUUGUUCUGGGAAAUAUGGGCUAAAUGCAUGUGCAUUAAGUGUCCCCCUAGAUAAGCCUGCGCACAGGCUAAGCAGGGACAACACUUUUUGUCUAAACGUGAUUUUUUGUUAGGAUAGACUUCUUUUAAAGGAACUGCAAGGGUUUAUCUGGGAUUACACUUUACACACAUGCAUAAAGCCUGGUUUUCCAGAACAUGACUAUAUUCAUUGCUCUGCAUCCAGUCUUACAAGGUCCUCUUAUCAGAAUUACCAAUAUCUGUAGCACGUCUUAUGUAUUCCAAGAGUAUUUCAAAUCGGGUAGUAGUAAUUAGGUAUUGUCCCCUUAAUACUUAAUGUGUCAACUUAUUUUUUACAUGUCGUAUAUAAUAAGUUUGUCAUAUGUCCCCUGUUGGAGGACACCUAGUAGAGGGCAGAUUGUGGGUAGUUUAAUAUGCAGGUGGGUGUCUGUCAGGUUUCAUUUCAGCUCUGUACUUCUAAAAGCCUUGAUAGAUUGUGAUAAAACUUAAGAUAAUUAUGUCCAGUUACUAGAUUAUGUUUCACAUAUAAGUAUUAUGCUCUUCAAUUAAAAGUUAACUGUAUUCCUUUCUAAUCAAUAGCCUUCUAAACAUCCGUAAGGAUUUAAAUAUUGCUAAAAUACUAGCCUAUGAGUGGGCAAGGUGUGAUGUAAAACCUGCAUGCUAGUUGGUAAAAGGUCAAGGUCGUAAAUUCAAGGUCAUAGGUCAAUGAUGUGCGUAUCUGCUCCAUAGUUUUACAACACAGGGAUUUUAAAGGAACUGGCUGAGAAUGAUGAUCAUUAGGAGGCAUUGUGUCUGUAGCUGAGACAUCUUGCCAUUUUUACAGGACAUACAUGUAUAUUGUUCUCUUUUUCUGAAAUUGCAUAACCUUUCUCAGCAUAUUUUAUAUAAGAAUAUAUUACGUCUUGUGACAAGCCUUGUUUAAUGUAUUGUUGUUAAUGUGCCAAUAAGUGAAAACUGAUAGGUGCAUAGAUAUAAACCCGAGAGAAAGAUCUGACAAAUAUUACAUUGGAAAUAAGAAUUAUAUUUUACUUGUAAUAAAAUUUAAGACUUAUUAAGCAGCUGUUUGUUGAGAACUUUAACAAUAUGUUGUUCUGGUGUAAAAAAUUCAGAGACUGUAAUUUAAAAAUUUAUAUUAAACAUUUUGUUAACUUAUAUUUGUUAAUGUUAUUACAAUUCAAGUGAUAAAAAAAUAUCGGACUUUCGUGAGCACAAUUAUUCAAUUUUGAUGUACUUCAUUAUGCAUUUCGGCCUUUCAUGGAAUUCAAAUGUUAAUUGUUAUUUGCCUUAUUGAUGUCAUCUGCCUUAAUUGUUAAAUUUGGUGCUUUGACUUUUGGUAAAAUUGCAGUGUAUGAUGUAAUUAUUAACAUGUGAUUUCUUAUUACCUAGGCAUGACAUAAUGUGUUUAUGGCCUAAAAUAUCUUGUUCUCUGAUCAUUUUUUACUUAGAUAAAUGUGUAAAAAAAAAUAAUUUCCGUACAUGUAUCACAAUAAUUCACUGUAAAUAUAUUUCUGUUCAGCAAAUCAGGCCAGAUAUAUUUGAGUCUUUCUCUGCAUAAACAGGACUUACCGGUAAUGCAUGUGCAUAAAGUUUUGUCUCAGAUUAGCCUGUGCAGUCCACAGGGACUUACUAGGGAAAAGCUUUUAUUAGCGAAAGUCCAGUUUACAUAGGAAAGUGUCAUCCCUGAUACGCUUGUGCAGACUGCACAGGCUAAUCUGGGAUGACACUAAGCACAUGCAUUUAAUCCCAUUUCCCCAUAGAGAAGCUCAUUAUCACAAGGUAUAAUCCUGCAUAUUAAUGCAUGAGCCUGGUUAGGCCAGAGUCUUAAGCAGUGGUCACAGAGGCAUCAUUUAGUCUAAGGCUACUAAAUGUCAACAACAUACAAAACUUAUUGAUUUUGUUUUAUAUGUUCCUUUGUUGUAUGAUAUGAUUAUUAAUAGAUGUAUAAUUGUUAGACAGAUCUGUGAUAUUUUGUAACCUGUGUAUCUGUGUACAUUAUCAACUGUGUAUUUAAUUAUAUCAAAUUUUAAUUUGAAUGAUGUAUUUAAUGUAUGGCUUUAACUGUAUUUUCAAAGGUAUGUGUCCAUGUUUUCCUAAAGAGAGAUUGAUACAUACGAAUAAACAUAAAUACUUUA